AUGACAGAUCUGUGUUCACGCUACCUGCAGAACCAGCUGAGUUCCAGAACUGCUUCAGAAAGUGGUGUCCUGUCAAAACUUGGCAGAAGUGGUGAGAAUCCGCAUGCCCCACUGAACCUCCUGGCUGACUUUGGUGGUGGUGGCCUCAUGUGUGCACUGGGCAUCGUGAUGGCUCUUUUUGAACGCACACGCUCCGGCAAAGGUCAGGUCGUUGAUACAAGCAUGGUAAGUAAUUCCUCACACAGAGUUUCUAAAUUCCUUAGGAUUUCCUGGGUGACAGCAUCUUUUGUUUUAUGGGAACAACCUCGUGGAGAGAACUUACUAGAUGGUGGAGCACCUUUCUACACAGUUUACAGGACAGCAGAUGGGGACUACAUGGCUAUUGGAGCACUAGAACCCCAGUUCUAUCAGGAGCUGAUUAAAGGACUUGGGCUAAAGUCUGAUGAGCUCCCCAGUCAGAUGAGCAUGGCUGAUUGGCCAGAAAUGAAGAAGAAAUUUGCAGAUAUAUUUGCAAAGAAGACCAAGGCAGAGUGGUGUCAGAUCUUUGAUGGCACAGAUGCGUGUGUGACUCCGGUUCUGACUUUUGAAGAGGCUGCCCAUCAUGGUCAUAACAAAGAACGGGGCUCAUUUAUUACUGAUGGGGAGCAGGGUUUGAGCCCCCGCCCUGCACCUCUGCUGUCGAACACCCCAGCCAUCCCUUCUUCCAAAAGGGAUCCCUUUGUAGGAGAACACACUGAAGAGAUACUUAGAGAAUUUGGAUUCAGCCAGGAAGAGAUUAAUCAGCUGAAGUCAGAUAAAAUUAUUGAAAGUAAUAAACUGAAAGCUAAUUUCUAAGUUCAGGCACCUCAGCGUGUUACUGUAGGCAGAACAGGGCUGUGGGGAGAGCGGGGAGGAAGUGCAGGGAGACAAAGGAGGAAGGACAUGAGAUCAUCCUUAAAAAAAGGUGUAAUUAGCUACCAGACCAGCCAGAACUAGAUUUCAGUGGCCUGAGAACAGAUCCAGGAUGCCAUCUUGCCCCUCAAGGUGAACUUUAGUUCAUUAUAAUAGAUCAUAGUAUUAUUAGCAUUGUGGUUUAGCAAAAUCUCCACCCCCUUAUACCGCCAUGACAGUUCUGACUGGAGCCACAUAAGGACAAAAAUCCCUCCUCCAGAUGGGAAGGAGUGGUCAAUGAGGACCUGCCUAGAAACACCUAUAAUGCCACCCCUAAAACCUGAAUAUUUCAUGCUCUCAUUUUAGAAGUAAAAAAUUCCUAAGCCUCUUUGAUCUUCUGUGCAGUUGCUCUUCUCCAGGCCUGCCCGCUCUCCAUUCUUGAGAGUGCACUGUCCGACUUGAAUAAAUUCACUGUUUGCUUGGCUCAUUCGUUGUGUCUUUGUAUUCUUUCCUGCGGUGAUGCCAAGAACCCGUUUUCUGGCAACAAGCUCAAGUGAAUUUGAAUAUUGCAUUUAUAAUAUAGACUAAUACAUUAAAAGUAUGCAUGAAAAUGUGAAAGAACAGUAUCACAGUGGUCGUGGUCCAACUAUUCUAAUCAAGAAACAAGACCCUGAUUACACAAGGAUCGAAUUCUGAAAAUGGUUAACAUGGCUUUGAUUUAGGAAUGUUUUUAGUUUA